AUUUUUAUUAUUUUUUUAUUUAAUUAUCUUUCUCUUCUGCAGUAUACAUUUUCAGUAACAUCAUACUUUUAAUCGUCAGAGUGACGAUUAAAAUUAUGUUCCGCUCUAACUUUAUUGUAAAAUUCUGUAAAUACAAUAAUUAUAAAAUAUUUUUAAACAAAAGAUAUUAUUUACCUAGUACACGAAAACAACAAGAUGCCUUCUCUAAGUGUAUUAAUACAAUACAAAAGAACUCGAGGAAUUCAAAAAUGAUUCAAUAUUUUAGUGUUUCUAGUAUACAUAGACUACCAUUACCUCCACUGGCAGCCUUAGUGAUACGUCCAAUUGCUAAAUUUUUUGCUAUGGUUUUAGGCAUACAAAUACGUCGAUGGUAUAUGAAAUUAAGUGAAGAAGAGAAACAAAAAUUUUGGUACAAUGUGCAAAAACGUCGUAAACAAAUAUAUUACUCAAUUUUUUGUGCAUUUAGUCUACUAACAAUAUACUGUACGUUGCAUUUAGAAAUUGAUCCAAUUACUGGAAAAAGACGGUUCAUAAUAUUUACCCAACAACAAAUGACUGUAAUGGCAAAUUCUAUGGCUAAAGAACUGAUAGAUGAAAAUAAAAGUGCAGUUUUGCAACCAUCAGAUCCACAGUACAGAAGAGCAUUAAAAAUAGCUAUGCGUAUUAUUGAUGCAAAUAAACAAUAUGAUCUUGUAGAAGACCGUAAAUGGUUUUUAGUAGUUAUUAAUGACUCUAGAAUUAAUGCAAUGGUUUUACCAAAUGGAAUGAUAAUAGUAUUUACUGGAUUAUUAAAUUUAGUCAAUGACGAACAAGUUGGAGUUGUGAUUGCACACGAAAUUGCUCAUUGCUUAUUAAAUCAUCAUGCUAUCAGAUUAAGUCGGGAACAUUUAUUAGAAAUGCUUUGGUUAAUACCUUUAACUUUAAUGUGGGCUUUAAUGCCUAUUCCUGAAGCUAUUUUAGGUUAUAUAUUAGGUAAUUAUUUUAAAAACUUAACACUGUUAUUACCUUACGAACGUGAUCAAGAAAUAGAAGCUGACAAAUAUGGCUUAUUAUUAGCAGCAAAUGCUUGUUUAGAUGUGCGCCAAGCUUUAGUAUUUUGGAAUAUGAUGAAUAAUAUGGAUAAAUUGAAUGAUAAAAUUUGGUGGACUUCAACUCAUCCUUCACACACUAAACGUAUAAAUUAUAUUGAAAAUUUGAUGCCCUAUGCAUUAAAAUUACGGCAGCAAAAUGGUUGUCCACCCGUAUAUCAGAAUUUUUGGUCUAAUUUUUCUUUUUUCAAUUAAUAUGUUGUUUUGAUUAUAUAUUUUUUUUUAUAUAUAUCCAGUAGUGUAUGCAUUGGCAGGGUAAUAGAGUUUUACCCCUAGC